UUAAGACUUCACCUUUGGCCUAGAGCAUCCCUCAGUUAGAGGUAAGAUUAUUUCUAAUGUUUUUUAUACGAACAUCGUUGUAGGGUCCUAGGCCGUAAUAAGAAGGUCCUAGGCUGUAUUUAGAGAGAUUCUAGGCUGGAUCUAGAUUGCUCUUAGUUGGGGCUUUGGUAGCUUCCCUUCAGUAACCCUUUUGGUACCACUCUGAUAGAACCACGUUGAAUUCUACGUUAAACAGAUAAAACGUGGAUAGGAUUUCCAUAGGACUCACUCACCAUACCAUAGUCUGGAAGAAACUUAGAACUGCUAACUGCUUCUGUCUGGAUCUACAGUGAGACCAAACAUGUAGAUUACCUCACUUUAGGAACUUCUGAGUUUACACAUACAUUUGAAGAUAACUAACACUUGUAUACAUGUCCAGCAGUAACAGUAUUAUGCUGAGAAUCCUAUUGGUCAUCACAACUUUUACCACAAAAAUUAGCAGCGACACUUUCACAAUUGGAUAUUUGACCGGAUCACAAAGACGACCAGGCGACAUGGAAUAUUCCCGUCCAGGCCUGACAAUAUCCGGCGCCAUAUCCUUAGCAGUCGAAGAAUUGAACCAUGGUCUAUUAUUGAAAAAAGGUCACCAGCUUGAUUUUAUGGUAUCGGAAACUUUCGGCGAAGAAAUCAUCAGUGUCCAGAAAACGGCGGAUUUAUGGACGAAAAAUAUUUCCGCCUAUAUCGGACCACAGGAAACUUGCGAACAUGAAGCAUUCAUGGCAGCUGCUUUCAAUGUACCAAUGAUUUCUUAUUUCUGCACCCAUUCAGCAACCUCAGAUAAAAGUAAAUUCCCAACUUUUGCAAGAACUAGGCCACCUGAUACGCAAAUAUCGAAGUCAGUUAUAUCGGUGCUGACAGCUUUCAAUUGGACUCACAUCGUAUUAUUUUACUUAAAAUCUCCAGAAUUCGAAUUCGUGAAUAUCGCCAACAUUUUACGAGAAUCACUGCCAAUUUCCGGCAUAACAAUUAUGUCAACUUUAUUUUGGGAUACUCCAUACCACCAUGGAUAUAUGGAAAAUCCUUUUGUGAAGCUAGUGGAGCAAACCUACAGGGAUACUAGAAUUUUCGUUAUAUUGGGUCAUCAUUACGAGCACUUAGGACUAAUGGUCGCUAUGGAGGAGAAGAAACUUUUUGAUAAAGGAGAAUAUUUCGUCGUGGGAGUCGAUAUUGAACAAUACGACGAUAAAAAUCCUUCAAAAUAUUUUCAUGGGCUUCUAAGAGAUGACAAUUUACCUAGUGACCCCGUGGUUCAACAAGCGUAUAGGAGUUAUUUAGGCGUGGUACCUUCAAGCCCAGUUGGAUUUGAAAAUUUCACUUCUUUGGUAAACACCUACAUGGAGCUACCACCAUUCAAUUUUCCUAAUCCUCUAUCGUAUUUUGGUGUGGGAAAACGGAUUCGGGCCGAAGCAGCUUAUUUAUAUGACGCGGUACAUCUCUAUGCAAAGGCUUUGAUAAAAGUUUUGGAUCGUGGUGGAAACCCAAGAAAUGGUACGGACAUCAUCAAUUGUAUAAAGAAUACACAUUAUAAAAGUGCGAUGGGCUAUAUAGUGUAUAUGGACGAAAAUGGAGAUGCCGAGGGAAACUACACUUUAAUUGCAAGGAAACCCUUAAGGCAUAAAAAAGAACAAUUCGGCCUCUUUCCAGUUGGGAUAUUCGCAUUACCUCGGACAGUUUCGCGAUUACCGGUGCUUCACUUAACGGAAAAAAUCGACUGGAUCCACGGUGAUCCACCUAUUGCAGCUCCACCCUGUGGAUUUAGAGACGAAAAAUGUAUCACCCACACUAUCGAAAUAACAGGCGGAGUUGCCGGAAGCCUGAUCCUUAUAAUGCUCAUUAUCUCCUUAAUCCUCUAUAGGAAUUGGAGAUACGAACAAGAGUUGGACAGUCUUUUAUGGAAAAUCGACUUUAAGGAUAUUGAAAUUAACGAGGAACCCAACUCGAAUCACGUAGCUGGAAAAGCAUCGAAACCAAACCAGCUCUUUAUUCGUACUAGUCAAGUAUCGCUUAGCUCAAACCCCGACGCCGAUUUCCGCUAUUCUACAAUUUUUACGCAAAUAGGCAUCUACAAGGGACGCGUUUUGGCAAUUAAAAAGGUACACAAAAAAUCCGUUGACAUCACUAGGGAUAUGAAGAAAGAUCUAAAAUUGGUGAGAGAUUUAAGGCAUGACAACCUUAAUGCUUUUAUUGGAGCUUGCACCGAUCCACCAAACAUUUGUAUAGUAACAGAAUACUGUACCCGCGGAAGCUUAAAGGACAUCUUGGAGAACGAAGAUGUUAAAUUGGACAAUAUGUUCAUAGCAUCCCUCGUUGGCGACAUUUUAAGGGGCGUGAUUUUUUUACACGAUUCACCUAUAAGAUUUCAUGGAUCGCUUUACACAGGAAAUUGUCUGGUGGACUCACGCUGGGUGGUGAAAUUAAGUGAUUUUGGUUUGCACGAAUUUAAAAAAGGCUCUGAGGAUUUUUCUUUGAACGAACCUGCAAGAAUCAAAAACAAUUUUUACAAGCUCCUUUACAGAGCCCCUGAGCUACUACGCCUCCAGGACUCGUUUCUAGCAAAGGACCAACCGAUUGGCACUCAAAAGGGCGACGUUUAUUCCUUCGGGAUAAUUUUGUUUGAGCUGCACAGCCGGCACGGUCCUUUCGGCGACAUUCCAUUCUCGUCGGCGGAGAUUUUGAAUAAACUCAUCCACUGUAUUAAUCCAGUGUCCCCUUUCAGGCCCCCACUAGAUAAAUUAGAAAAUAGUUUCGAUUUCGUACGGGAUUGCUUGAAAGAAUGUUGGUUGGAAAUUCCGGAAGAUCGGCCAGAUUUUAAGAGUAUACGAACUAGACUAAGGCCGCUCAGGAAAGGAAUGAAACCAAAUAUAUUUGAUAAUAUGAUGGCGAUGAUGGAGAAGUACGCCAAUAACUUGGAAGUUUUGGUAGAUGAAAGGACUGAUCAGCUACAGGAGGAGAAGAAAAAGACAGAGGCCCUGCUCUACGAAAUGCUCCCGAAACCCGUCGCCGAUCAGCUCAAGCGCGGGAACAAAGUGGAAGCAGAAGGUUUCGACUCGGUUACAAUCUACUUCAGCGAUAUUGUCGGAUUUACUGCCAUGUCAGCCGAGAGCACCCCUUUGCAGGUGGUUAAUUUUUUAAACGACCUAUACACGUGCUUCGAUUCGAUCAUAGAAAAUUAUGACGUUUAUAAAGUUGAAACUAUAGGAGAUGCUUACAUGGUUGUAAGCGGCUUACCAAUCAAAAACAACGACAAUCUUCACGCCGCCGAAAUAGCCUCCAUGUCCUUACAUUUGUUAUCCGAAGUGAAACAUUUUUCAAUAAAACAUAGGCCCGGACAGAGGCUUUUGUUGCGGAUAGGGAUUCAUUCCGGCCCAGUAUGUGCAGGGGUCGUCGGUCUGAAAAUGCCUAGGUACUGUCUUUUCGGUGACACCGUGAACACAGCGAGUAGAAUGGAAUCUACCGGACAACCACUGAAAAUCCACUGUAGUAAAACUUGCGGAGAUCUUUUAAUGAAAAUCGGUGGCUAUCAGUUGAUAGAAAGAGGUUUGGUUUCAAUGAAAGGAAAAGGCAACCAGCAAACUUAUUGGCUUCUCGGAGAAGACCCUCAUUUUAGAAAAAUACGCAAGGAGUUAAGGGAAAGAAGGAGAGAAGAAUUGAGGGGCCGAAAUAUUAGGACUUCUCAGCCAGAUGGAAAUGGUCAUUACACGGUGACAAGAAGUUCCCUAAAGAAUAAAAACAGCAUUGUAAAGAGUCCCAUACCGAGGUGCUCGUCGUUCGAGAGUCCGAAACGGCUCCGGUUCGCGAACGGAGAUAACUUAGAGCACCGAAACGAGAACAAAUAUUUGGAAGCGAUUUCGGACAACAGUCCGUGUCGAAAAAAUUUCGAGUAUCUCGCCUCGGAUUCAUUGUUUAUGACGCCUUGUUGUAAUGAAAUAUGGAAAACAGCCUCAACCUCAUGUCCCUGCAUAGAAAACUUGGCAAAUUCCGCCGCUCUACUAGCUCAAAGCCAACUAGUCGUAAUGUCGGAUGAUCAAAAAUUAGCUAGCCCCAUUUGUCACAGUGUACCUACCCUUUGCUGCCGCUUAUCGGUACCUCAAAAUGUGCCAGACCACGCUAUUUCCGCACCAACAAGUCCUAGAAGGCAAGAUGUGACGUUACUGUCGGAAUACGCAAGUGACGUUGACGAAGGCAUAACGAUGUGGGCUGAGUCUACUCCGUUAUUGAAAGUCACUAAACCCCAAGACUUGGAGAGUUGUGUUUAAAAAAAAAAGGCUGAAUUUUGUUAGGUGCAGUUAAUUCAUUGUUAGCUCAAUUAUUAGAUGUAUUUUUUUUCUCGUAUCUAGUCAAUGGAACCCUAAACCAAUG